AUGGGCCUUAUCCUCAAAACUAGAUGCGAAUUCGAACGGGAUCUGCUUAACCGUGCCGCGGAGAACCCUAAAUUAUUCUACGGUUACAUUAGGCAGUGCACGCGGAACAAGGACCCAAUACCCCUGCUAAGGACUGCUGAAGGCGAACAUCUCACUGACGACAGGGCGAAAGCUGAUCACCUUUCAGAAUUUUUUCGGUCUGUUUUUAGUAGCGAAACAGGAUUCAACCCUUCGGCCCCUCAAUCCUUCGAAGACACCCCAAUUAUAGAGACCGUCCAGUUCACUGAGGGUAUGGUUCUGACGGAGUUGCUGAGGCUAAAGGAAUCCAAAUCACCAGGUCCCGAUGAGAUUCCGGCGAAGAUUUUGAAGGAACUCGCCGGUGAGUUGUCUAAGCCACUCUCCAUGCUUUUCCAUACAUCCUUCGAGACCGGAUAUCUGCCAUCCGACUGGAAGUCGGCGUGGAUUACGCCGCUGUACAAGGGCGGAAGUCGGGUCUCUGCGAACAAUUACAGACCGGUCACCCUCACCUCCAUUUGCUGUAAGAUUAUGGAGAAGAUAAUAAAACAACAAUUAAUGCAGUUCCUUGAGCAAAAUCAUUUGCUUUCCGAGUACCAGCAUGGAUUCCGUAAAGGCUGAUCCUGUGUGACAAACCUGCUCUACUGUCUGGAACACUGAACUAGGGCUGUUUAUAGAGGAGAUAUGUUGCAUGCCAUCUAUAUCGACUUUAAAAAGGCCUUCGAUAGUGUGCCUCACCACCGCCUUCUAUACAAACUUAGCCGUGCAGGAUUGCGAGGUAAGCUUCUGAUGUGGAUUCGUAGCUUUUUAAUCGGCCGCUCUCAAGCCGUCCACGUCGGUGACCAACAAUCUGCCGAGGUUGCCGUUAAGAGUGGUGUUCCCAAGGCUCUGUUCUUGGCCCUACACUGUUCCUCGUACACGUCAAUGACUGCGCAAACGAACUGAAUUGCGAUGUCGCAAUGUUUGCCGAUGACAUAAAGAUCUGGAGUACCAUACGAAGCGAAGUUGACGAGGCGCGACUGCAGACAAAUCUGGACCACCUCGAGCAAUGGUCGAAAGACUGGCUUCUACCGUUUAACGUAAACAAGUGUACUUUCCUACGCGUCGGCAGAACCAGUUCUCCUAACCACACGGUCUACCGUCUGAGUGGCAAAGUACUGCAAGAAGUCGACGCCCAGAAGGACUUGGGUGUAUGGAUCACAACCUCGCUUAAGCCUUCGCUGCAAUGUUCAAAGGUGGCCAAGUCGGCGAUGUCCAUGCUAUACCUUGUCAAACGGGCGUUCUCCUCCUAUGAUGAAAACUGCUUCGCCAAGGUCUUUCAAACUUUUGUGCGACCGCAUCUGGAGUUUGCUAUCCAAGCAUGGCGACCCUGGACCGCUAAAGACUUGGGCAUACUCGAGAAAGUUCAACGGCGGGCAACGAAACUUGUAUCUGGGCAGUGGUCACUACCCUACGAAACGCGAUUAGCUAAUCUUGACCUCUUUCCUUUGAGUUACAGACAGCUACGUGGGGACCUGAUACAAGCUUUCCGCAUCGUGCGCAAUCAGGGCUGCUGCCUCACGUUUGGAGACUUCUUCGAGUUGACGACUACGACUAACCUGAGAGGCCAUCCAUUCAAAUUGCGUGUGGCUGGUGCCCGGCUAGACACCCGAAAGUUCUUCUUCUCCAACAGAGUGGUUGCAGCUUGGAAUGCCUUGUCUGAGGAUGUUGUUAUGUCAGGCUCGGUAGAUACUUUUAAAUGGAGACUAGAUUAGCAUUGUAGCGUGCACCACAAUAACACCGGACUACGGCCACCUUGACAGCCAACGCUGACAAUUUAGUGUUAUAACGAUGCUACUACAAACAUCUAAGUAAUAUAUGUUUAAGUAAUUUAUCAAGCUUGGGCCACGUCGCACACCGCUGUUCGCAUUCACCAUGAUGCCUGUAGACUAAACAAUUUUACUUCUUUUCCCGUAUCUUAAAUGUGCCUCAACAGUCUGCUGUAUUUUGAUCAACAAAGCAAGUUAAUUUGCCUCUAAACUCUGUUAACGCAUGACAUUCUGUGUUCAUCUGUACAGUUUUUGCUAUUCCCCUCGCAUUUCUUUCAUGUUACUUCCUUUCCAUUUCCUCCAUAUAUAUCCUCUGCAUGUAACCAAUAGGGAUUUCAAAGGUACACACCUACUUUCGCUGAAAUAUACUGAUACUGAUACUGAAAUCCCCUGGAAGAAAUCUGGGGUAGUAUUUUGCAUUCCGUGUCAAAAUUGUCCUUGUAAUUACACAGGACAGACUGGACGCAUGUUCGGAUCGCGCAUACACGAACAUAAGCUGGCUGCGCGACGUGACGAUGAAUUAUCCCAAGUGGCCGCCUACACCUGCGAAAUGCAUCGUGAGUUUAACUUCGCAGCCACCAAGAUAGUCGUCCACGCUAGAAAUAAAACAGGCCGAGAAUUGAUUGAAACCUGGACCUCGGAUGAGAACUCAGUCAGUCGACUUAUCGAUCUGUGGCCGGCGUACGGAGCCCUGCGCAGUCACAUACAGUCUUGCGUCGUCGGUCGAUGA